CCUCCAUGGAUGACAAAAGAAAUAAAAAAGAAAUCAAGAAAAGAAAAGAAAUAAACAGGAAAAAGCGAAAUGCCCAAUCUCAGGAAGAAGUCGAGGCAUUGGAAAUAGUGUAUCUGAAACAGAAAAGACAUGUACAAUCCCUGAUCAAGGAGCAGAUGGGUAUACAUGAGAAGAAGAUAACCAAUGAAAUAAAAUGCAGCACAAACAAAAGCAAAGCUCUAUGGAAGAACAUUGAUAGCCUAAGGAGAAGGGAUUUAAAAAAGAAUGAGGAAACAAACCUGUUCACCUCAGAUGGACAAAAGCUAGGGAAAAAAGCAGAAAAGGAAGAACUUAUAAGAUAUUGGAAGACUGUAUACCAAAAGCAUGCAAAUGAUAUAAGUCAGAUAUGGAAUGAAGAAAGCAAAAAUGAAUAUAUCAGAGCAUUAGAGAAUGAGGAGCAAUCUAGAAAUGUCAGAAGACCACUACAAGAUCAUGAAGAGAUGGCCCAAACUGCUACCAGAGGCCUGGAGCCUGACGUAUGGGGUGGUCGCAAGAAGUUGCAACAAACUGCUGAUAGGGAAAACCUUCUGGAAGAGCCUUGCUCUGCCAUCCAUAUUAUAUGGUGUCAAUAUAUUCCACGUAACAGAAGAAGAGGUCAAGAAGCUGGAAGUUAUAGAAAACGGAGUAUAUCGGCAGAUACUUGGUGCACCGAAAUACACAGCCAACUGUGCCCUCCGAGGUGAAAUUGGAGCUUCGGCGAUGAAAACAAGAGUAAUCAAAGGACAUCUACAGUAUGUUAGAAGCACUCUACAGGGAAAUAACCAACUAUUGAAGGAAGUGAUAGAAACUCAAUUAGAAGAAAAGGGUACGAAAUGGGCGAGGAUGAUUAUCACACACUUAGAAACCCUAAAUCUAAACCAAGGCGACCUUAGAAACAUGAAGAAAGAAGAACUAAAUAAGAAGAUGAUUAGUUGGGACGAUAAAAGAUGGAAAGAGGAAGUAGAGACUAAAACAAGUUUGAAGGUAUACAAGAGAUGGAAGCUGAAGAUAAAAGAGGAUGAUGUUUAUGACAACACCCCGCAAUCAAGAAUCCUCUUUCAAGCGAGGACGGAUACUCUCCCUCUGAACGCAAGGAAGAAGUUUACAAAAGAAAGAACGAACUGUGCCUUGUGUGAAGCGGAAAAUGAAGAUAUUAAUCAUUUCUUGCUAGAAUGUCCAAUAUUAAAUGAAGUUAGGGUGAAUCAUCGUGAAUUACAACAGCCAUACUUGGAAGACAAAGAAGAAGUUAUAAUGAGAUUUCUAUUUGAUAAGGAAAGAAGGAAUAUGGAAGAAAAGAAACAGAUUUUGUACAGCAUGUGGACCCUAAGAACUAAAAGGCAAAAAGAGCUCAAUACUUGUUAAGCACCCCGUACCAACUCAUAGCGCGAUAGUUUAAGUUAAAGUUUAAAAAGAAAAGGAGGAGCCGUUGCAAAGGCAAUUCCUCAAAACCGUCAAGUUC